AUGACGGAUGCUCUACUUGCAGACUUCUAUACUAGCAGUAAGAGUUUGCAAAUUACUAACAGGACAGAACUCUACAAACAAGUGGUCGAGUGUCAGAAUGCCAAAGCCAUAGUUGAGUUGAAGAAAAAGACGAACGAACUUAAUAAAGAAGUUCAGGAGUUUAUUGGUGAGAUUCCCAGCUAUGAUCGCAAACGAGUAGUUGAAUCGGUUGAACUGCUUUUCAAGUAUGUGGAAUUGAAGAUUGUUCAGUUGGACGAAUCGCAACGUUUUUCAUUUGAGGGGAGUCCUAUUCCGAACCCUGACUACAAGAAACGAGAUACUACAAGAAAGCAAGAUCACGAUACCCAAGACAAUACUGAUGAUCUGCUCAAAACAAAGGGGGGUGUUUACCGAGACCAGGUUCGUGUCAAAGCAACUAUAGGAGAAGAGGGAGUAGAUAAGACAGGAAGAGGACAUCUACUAGUUACCAAUACUGUUUAUAGUGUAGUACAGUGUAAACAAGCAUCGUCAAUUCACAUACGAGGAGGCGAGAAGCUGGUAUUCCGACUCGUUGUGGAUGGACCGGUUUUUGUCCAUGACUUGGAUCGCGUUGUUUUGGUGCUACAGUGCCAUCAAGUGAGACUACACAAUGUAAGAAGAUCUGUGAUAAUGGUCAGUAAGACUGCUGACAACCGGAUGAUAAUCGAGGAUUGUCUGGGUUUGGCUAUCAGCUCGCUAGAAUCCGGUCCAUUGGUAGAAGUGGACGAUUUCAACUGGCCUACCAAGGCUGUAGUCUCUCCCCAUUAUAAGGCCGCAGAGCCUGUCGAUAUUCUGUGGAUAGAUGAUGUCGAUGAUGGCCCUUUGAGCGAAGACACCAUUGAUAAACUUAAAAGCAUAGUACCAUUAGAUACAACAGAAUAG